AAUCUCCCAGUGAAGAUUCUUAUUACAACACGUAGAAGACCCAAUCUCGGUGAUGCAAAUUGCAUCUUCAAUCGAAUCUUGCAGAGCUUCUUCUUAGCUGAGUCGCUAGGGUUUGUAGUCUUCUUCUGGAUUGGAAUCAUGGUGGAGAAGAAAGGGAGCAGCGACGGCGGGGAAAACCCUCUGGACCUCUUUCUGAAGAUUGGAUUGGAUGAGCGGACGGAGAAGAAUACCGUCGCUAACAAUAAAGUCACUGCAGAGUCCAAGAAUGGCUGGAACCGUCAAUUGGGGCACUGCUACUGUUAUUGGGGUAUUUGCUGGCAUGUUAUAUGGGGGUAGCAAGGAGGCAGCUGCCUCUGUUAGCAAGGAUGCAGAGGUAAUGUUGAAGCUUGGAAGCACAUCAGAUAAGCGUGAACAGCAUCGGCUGAUGAGAGAUGCUAUGGAGAAAAGAUUUAUACGAGUCACUCGUGGCUCAAUAGUUGGUGGUGUACGCCUCGGGAUGUUCACUGCUGCAUUCUAUGGUUUGCAGAAUCUUGUUGCUGAAAAACGCGGGGUGCAUGAUGUAUAUAAUGUUGUUGGAGCUGGAUCUGCUACUGCUGCAGCAUUUGGUCUAAUUAUGCCAGGGUCAGUCUAUUGGCGUGCAAGGAAUGUUAUGUUGGGUUCUGCUUUGGGUGCUGUAGUUUGCUUUCCUCUCGGUUGGCUUCACCUGAAGCUUGUAGAGAAAGCAAAUGAAGGGAAAUAUGAUGCUUUUCCCCAGACUGGUGACACCAAAGUGAAGAGUGGAGUUGGUGCCGCAAUUGAGAGGCUUGAAGCUCAUUUGGGCAAAAAGAUUGAGUGAUGCCAUCCAUUUCAUUAGAUCCGGCAAGAUGAGGAAGGCGAGGGACUAACAAAAAAGGAUAUUGAAAUAUUACUAAGUUCGCUUCGAAAAUUAUCUAUUUUGCUGGUCAAGUUCACCAGUUUUAAUUAACAAAGAAUGAUUGGGUGUUUAGGGAUGAUUGUGGAGCCGUGGAGCAUUUCUGGCAGCCAUUAACAGGUGUGUUCUGGGUCAUUAUACGGCUAAAGAAGCUGAAGCACUAAACCUACGAGAGGCCCUAUGUUGGUUGAAGGACAUUGGAAUGAGAUGGACUCGCAGUUAGUGCUUACUGCCAUUAGAACUGUUUCUUUUAAUAUGGGAUGUUCAGUUCAACUUUGUAAAGCGAUCUGCGAAUUGUGCCGCCCAUUGCGUUGUUUGGGAGGUCUUUUCUGAGUCAGGUUGUGGGGAGUGGCUAGAUUCCUCUCAGUCUUUCCUUGUGAACAUUUUGGCAAAUG